AUGAAUAGUACUCAUCUAACAUGUAAUAAUAGUCAAAUUCGUCAAGCUUUAAGCGAAUUAAGUAAUACAAUGGCAACAACAACAAUAGAAACAACGGGAAAAACAGAACAGUCUAAAUCACAAACAAGAUGGGCAGUAAUACUGCAUGAAUUCGAUCAACCAGAAUCAAAAUCACUCACCAAUAUUGAUAAUUCAAGUCGAUCAUUGUUAGAUCAAAGUUUACUGAUAAGCAGUGAUACAUCUGAAGCAGUGACUGUUGAUAGCAUAAACCAGAAGUCAUUAGCGUUAUCAUCAUCAUCACCAUUGAAAUCGCUUACAAGUCAUCCGUAUGAUUCAAUAUUAAAAGAUAAUAAAAGUUUGCCGCCGAUGCCGAUAGAUACGUCUAGUCGUCAUUCUAGUACCGUUGAUACAGAGAAACUAGAAGAAACUGGACAAACAACUGCGCAUUCACCACAUAUACCAAUUGAAGCAUUAAGUAAGCAUCUUGAUAGUCGCUUAUCAUCUAUGAUGUCUGAAUUAAACUGGUCUCAUAAUGAAUUACUUUACAAAUUUGCUCAACUUGAAUGUAAACUUGAUCAAAUGAAUAAACUCUUAGUACAAAUGAAGCAGGAACAUGAUCUGCUGCGAUUGACAUUCACUAGACAUAGGCCUUUUUAA